CUCUACCCCAUAGGAAUAGAGAGGCUGCUUCCAAUGAGACCCUUGGCUCGAUAGUAGUUUUGCAUCAAGCCUUGGACAUAAGGCACAUAACACUUGGCGAAUUAGUGCAUGUAACCCCUUGUCUUUUGGCUAUCAACGCCACCACAUGAUGCAUGAUUAACCGUCCACCGCUUUUAACAUUAUUUUCACGAAAUUAGUAAAAAUAACUUUAAUAUUAGUGCAAUUUCACUUUUGCCCCCUGAGAACCCACACAUAUAUACAUUAUAUGCGCACACCUCAACCGGGGCGUAUAUAUGUAGAUGAUAACUCAAAUGAUAUAGUUGUUAGAUAAUGUUGUCCGACAUGAUUUUAGAGGUAUAUGUUAUGCUUCUUGUUUUCAUAGGAUAUAGAUUAACAAUAAGAUAUGGAAUCAAAGACGCAGAACCAUGCCGGACAACUUGAUCUAGCAACUAUAUCAACCGUAUUAUCAUCUACAUAAAUACGAACUUAUUUUGUAGUGUACAUGAAGAAAUAUAUUUGUUUUUUUUUUUUUUUAUCUUAAUAGGAGUCCUAAGAUCAAUAAGGUACAACUUGAAAUGAAGGUCAUCAAACACAGAUAAAUAUGUCAAAUCAGAUCAUAUGAAACCGAAAACAGUAGGCUGGUUUGCGAUUUGUAUGAUUCGGUUUAAAGGUCCUGCAACUGUUUGGAACUGGAACCGGCCAUGUAAACCAUUCAGUCGUUAUAUAUAUUUAUUUUUCAUUUUUGGAAUGUGCAGUUAGUUUUUUUAAUCAAUUUUAGUCUCGUGAGAAUUUUCUUUUGCAGGACCUAAUUUUUGUGUUCAUUGCUUGAAUCAAAUGGGUUAUAUAGUUUAUUUGAUUACAAGUGACCGUUUGUUAUCUCUAGAACCCUUAGGUUGUGAGUUUAAACAUCAAUAUCUAAGUCCCCUGUUCUAUCUAAUAGUCAAACUAUAAAUCUUUAUGUGCCUGUUUCAGUUCGUGUAAAGUUCUUGUGUGAUUUUAGUUCACAUAAAGAUUAAGUUUUAUUGCUUGAAUUGGAAGGGCUUAAUGGUUUAAAUUGGUGCCUUUUUUGUUCUGUUUUUUGGAGUUCUUAGGAGUGUUUUGAUAUGAUAUGAUAUGAUUUGACGUAUUUAUCUUUGCUUGAAGGCUAGUUCGUAUAUAUGUAGAUAUGAUAAGACGGUUGAUAUAGUUGCUAGAUCAAGUUGUCUGGCAUGGUUUUAGAGGUAUAUGUUCUGCGUCUUUGAUUUCAUAUCUUCUUGUUAGCCUAUAAAAAGAAAGAGAGAGUUUCGUUUUCAUAAGAUAUAGAUUAACAAGAAGAUAUGAAAUCAAAGACGCAUAACACAUGCCUCUGAAACCAUGCCGGACAACGUGAUACGAACUCGCCUUCAAACUUAUUUUGUAGAGUACAUGUAGAAAGAUUUUUGUUUUAUUUUCUUUCUGAACAAGAGUCCUAAUCAUUAAGGUACAACUAGAAAUGUGGAUCAAGCAAAGAUAAAUAUGUCAAAUCAUAUCAUAUGAAACCGAGACAAGUAGCCUGGUUUGCGAUUUAUACGAUUCGGUUUUGACGGUUUUAAAAGGUCUGGCAACCGUUUAGAACCUGGAACCGGCCAUGUUAACGGUUCAAUAUAUAUUUUUUUAAUUUUUUAAAUAUACAGUUAUUAUUUAUAUGUAUUAUAUUCAUGAACAGUAAAAAAAUUGUGUUCUUAGCGAUUCAACCCAAAAGUUUAGCAACCGCCACCUUUAGGUCAAAGAAUAGUUGGUUGUUGGUCUUUUGUGGUAUCUUAGGGUGUAAGGGGUGCUCACCUAAGAGGUGAGUCCCCUCUCUUACGCCAAACCAAUACUCGUGUGCCAUGUCAACUCCCCUCUUAAACUCCCCUAACACCCUAAAUUGAUGGCGGCACUCCCCUUUUAGAUGACUUGGUUUUUUAUUAAAAAAAAAAAAAGCAAGAAAAUCUCUCAUUGGUCCACUCAUCCUCUCUCCUCCCUCUCUCCUCCCCCUCUCUUCGGUGAAUCCCCACCCAUUUCACUCCCCUAAACCACUCACCUAAGGGAUGGCGGCGGUGUUCCCCUUAGGUGAAUGUGGUCACCGAAUGCACUCACCGAAUACACCCCGUGCACCCUUAUAUGCCCUAAGAAGGUUCAUCCAUUGAAAACUCGUGGUUUAUUUACUAUAUUGAGAGUAGUUUGAAUUGGUUAAUAAGAACCUUAAAAGAAUUCCAUUAUUCUCUCCCUAAUUUGUAUCUACACCUCACACAUAUUUCUCCUCAUCUCACUAUACAAAAAAGUUUCAAUCAUUUUUCGUCCACAUUACAUCAUUUCAAUAAGCAUUGUUUCUCAAUGCAAUUUUCCACAAUUUAAAUAAAACUUUCUUAUUUCAAAUCAAAUAAUCCAACUUUUGUGCAUUAUGGGUCGCCAAUUGCUCAUUCUCGUUCUAGUUUCCAUUGCCGUUAUCAGUGCUGUCACGGCUUCCCUUGCACCAGCAGACUCCCCCAAAGCGUCACCACCAAAGGCUUCUGAUGAGGGCGCAACACCAUCGCCAGCCGCAGGCCCUUCAUCUGACUCCCCGUCUUCAUUAGAGGAUUCCUCACCCGCCUCUUCCCCAUCCCCAUCAUCCUCAAACGAUGACGUUUCAUCCCCUAGUCCAUCUGCUGAUGACUCAGCUGCUGCACCGAUAUCUUCUGAUGCACCAGAAUCCUCUGAUGCACCGAUAUCUUCUGAUGCACCAGAAUCCUCCGAAGCACCAGAAUCCUCUGACGCACCAGAAUCUUCUAUUGCACCGGUAUCCUCUGACGCACCAGAAUCCUCUAUUGCACCGGCAUCCUCUGACGCACCAGAAUCCUCUAUUGCACCGAUAUCUUCUGACGCACCAGAAUCCUCUAUUGCACCGGUAUCCUCUGACGCACCAGAAUCCGCUGCUAAUGCGCCUAGUUCUGAUGCUGCGCCGAGUUCUGAUGCUGAUGACGAUGAUGAUGAUGAUGAUGCACCAGCGUCUAAAAAGUCUAAAGAAUCUGAAGAAGAUGAAGUUGGAGGGUUGAAGGCUGCCGAGAUGUUGAAGGCCGCUAUCGACUCCGGUGUUGCUGCUAUUGCAGGUCGGAAGGGGUAGAAUAUUAAAGUGACUGUUUCUUCUAUCCACCCAUGCAUGAUUGACGGCCAAUAGCUAGAUCUACUUCACCACCGUUUUCUAUUUAGAGGAAAAACACAAAAUUUAGAUCGAGAAAGAUUAACUAAAACAAAUAUCCAAAAAGCAAUUUCUAAAGACUAUUUAGUAUUUAAACCGUUUACUUAUAAAUCGAUUAUAAGUAAGUAUUUUUUAUAUAAAUUUUAACAUUUGGAUCG